AUGAAGGAGAAGGUUGGCCAUAUACCCCAGGUCUUGAAGGAAGCCUGUGUAGCUCUGGCUGUACCCAUGCCUGGGGUGGACAUGGGUCUGGCCUAUGGCUUCUGUACCUGCCUGGGAGGUCAGGUCAUAAUGGACCCUAUCUUCUGGCUUGUCAUGGGGACCCCUUACAUCUUCUACCCCUGCACAAGUCUCUCAGCACAGGCUUGCCUAGUCCUUUGGACAUUGACAUGGGUGCCUUUUGGCCCUUAUCACUGGGUAGGGCAUCUACCUCCAGCUACCUCAAUCCCUUCAGUUUUGCUGAGGGGUAUCUCCAGCUUUGAUCCCUAUGUGGGAAGCCCAUAA